AUGUGCGACGAUGACCCCAAAUACCCUUUGAAUGCGGUCCCUGUUAGUGUCUACAAGGAGCUUGAGUCACCGUAUCGCGACGAGGAUGAGAUGGAUGACGAAGCCAUUUCCGCUCUCAUAUUCAAGUAUCGUCUGAGUCAAGAAUCAGUUCUUCGGAAGCUUCGAGGGUCAGAAGUAGCGCUGUGCAUACUAGAGGAUGAAUGCACGAGAAGCCCUACACUCGCCAAGAGAGCUACCAACUGCAUCAUUAUACCUGUUGCAACAGAAAUACUUGUUACCGAGGUCGGUUAUUAUUUGCAUUGCAGAGUUCACUUCCCGGCUAGUAAGGCCAGAUACAAUCUCUUUGUACGGCGAGGGCACCUGCAGGAUCCAUCUGAGCUGGAGUUAUACGAAGAAAAAAGCUACAACGAGUACGAGGAAGAUUCUUAUCCAGGCUCACAAUGCUACUGGGUCUCUGCUAGGCAAUGGAUAAGAGGACUUUACGGUGGAUAUGCUGCCCGAAAAAAGGAGCUGGGAGUAUUCCAGAGCAGUACAGGUCUGCCUUUCCGGUUCAUGGAUCUGCCAGCAGAGCUACGAUUGGUGGUGUACGAGCUUGUAGUAGGAAAGCAGAUCUGGCCGCAUCUUGCUAACCGUCGAUCCGAUCCCGGACUGUGUAGUCAUGAGGGCCACAGCCGCCACGGCACAUCCGCUAUCAGAUUUGAAGAUGCCAAAGACUACUCCAAAGGACUCUUCGAUACUACACACCCUAUAGCCUUCGCUACAUGCCAGAGAGAGGUCGAUGCGAUCGGUUUAUGCGCCCCACCAGAAGACUCACAAGCCGGGCUCGGUGCUACGCGGGCUGACGAAGCAUCAGUAACGAACUUAAUGCUUGUCACCCAGAAGAUCCGUAACGAAGUUGCAGCCGUCCUCUGGGGCAUGUCUACCAAGCGCUUUAAUCUAAUCUACGUACUCGACGACGUUGUAUCGUACUACAUGACGUACUGCACGAAGAACGAACAAGUAUGCCCCAUAUUCGCUCCUCACGGCCAUUCUUUCCUAAGCCACGUGUCGCUAAGUCUGACCAACGACGAAUAUCUCGAGUUGGUCGGCUACGAAAUCUGGUAUCUCGGCGGAAACAUCGAACCCAAGAUACUGACAUACAUGCGCGGAGACUGUUUAAAGAACCUGACCAGCAUAACCACGCUACGGCAUUUGAACCUCCAGUUCCAAGUCCUGAAACCACAACACUACAUCUGCAACUCACAAGAAACCUCGUGGGACCCGUGGGGCCUGCAAGACUCAAAACGAAGAAUCUCUUGCCAAAAGGACCUCGUUGAUAUUAUUUUGACACUAGGUUACGAACUGUUACAACGAGUCCAGAAAGUCACGAACUCAGGUCACGUCAAGAACUCCAAUCGUGAGAAAUGGGACCCUCUUCUCAGGGACCGGAAACUGAAGAGUGUAACUCGUCAGAGGUGCGAUAUGCAAGCUGAAGUAGCCAGGGUCCUUGCGAUACCCGCGGCGAAACUGUGA